AUAUCGAACAAAAUGAAGACAACUUUUGCCUGUUUAUUGGUUGCGGUUUGCUUCGCUUUAGUGGCCGCUCAAAAAUCCUACACCAACAAAUUCGACACCGUUGAUGUUGACAGCGUUUUGGGCAACAAUCGCAUUUUAACCAACUACAUUAAAUGCUUGAUGGAUAAAGGACCUUGUACACCCGAAGGACGUGAAUUGAAAAAACUUUUGCCUGAUGCUCUGCAAAGCGACUGCUCAAAAUGUACCGAUGUCCAACGUAAGAAUUCCCAAAAGGUCAUUAACUUUUUGCGUGCCAACAGACCCGGUGAAUGGAAAUUGCUUUUGGACAAAUAUGAUCCCAAUGGCAGCUAUAGAGCCAAAUAUGAAAAACAGGGUUAAACCAUACAACAGGCGAAUUUAAUUAAACAAGUUCUUUUUUUUAAAUAGUUUAAAUACAAUUUUAGAUCUUUCAAAAUCAUCAUAAAUAAAUUAUAUCUUUUUUUAUAUACAUUUUGGUACAUAUUAUUCAUCUUCUUCACCUACAACAGCAAAUAAACAAAAAGAAAAACAUUUAAAAUACAAUAAAUGUCUACAAAAUUUAUUAAAUUAUAA